AUGUCGACCCCCUCGACAUACAUCUCACUCGCGCAGCGGCUACCGCCGCUACUGCACCGCUUCUUCGCCCAGCACCCGCCGGGCUCCAACCACGCGGCGGUCUUCCGCCACACCAAGUCGCCGCUGACGGGCAAAUGGCACAACCCGAAGUACUCGCUGCGCAGGCAGAAGGAGCUCGUCAAGGCCGCGCAGGAGCAUGGUGUCGAGGAGCUGCUGCCCGAGACGGUGAAGGGUGCGGCGGCGAGGGCGGCCAGGGCGGAGAUGGGGCCGAGGUUGAAGAGGAUGUUGACGCCGAAGGGGAAGGGCUGGGAGAGGGCGCUCAGGGCGAAGCUCGAGGUCAGGAAGAAGGCGAUGGAGGGCAUGCCGAAGCUUAUCGACAAGUGGAGGAAGUUGGGGCACGGGAGGGGGUGGAAGGAGUGGCCGAGGUAG